AUGCGCAGCGUGUCGCAGACGACACGCUCGUUUUCUACCACACAGUAUGUGGGUGUGUCGCGCCGUGCGCGGCGCCAGAUGCAGCAGCGCAAGAAUGACGAUCUGCGCCGCGCUGUGGCGCUGUACCACUUGACGCCCAGCUUCUAUCCCACGUCGACGCAGGGCGAUCACGAUGCCGAGCUGGGCGAGGCCGUUGCCGAGAGCGUGCUCGGUCCAUUCAUGGGAGAGCGCACGGGUCGUCCGCACGUGCACUUUGCGACGACCGCCGAAAUGCUGGCGCAACAGCGGCAGGCGCAGCAGUCCGGGCGGCGCAACACACUGGGCGAGCUGGAUGUCUAUGAUUCGAUGCCACUGCCAAAUGCGCUCGUGGGCCAGGGCCCUGUGUCGGUGUCGCGAGGCGCGUCGGACGCUGCAAGCCUGCGGCGCCAGUUUGUCAAGGCGCCGAAUGCCUACGCGACGCGCCGCGCGCGCGAUACCGCAGGCCAUGGCGAUUUGUACGCCCAGGAAGAAAUGUCCCUGCGCAGUGCGCAAGUACGGGAUGCCCUGUUCGGUACGGUGGCAGGCGAGCUGCCGGGCCUGGAAAUCGUGCGCGAGCGUGAGCGCGAGUGGAAGGCGAAGGAGCAGAACGAGUAG